CUGGAUUCUGGAUGCAGCCAUCAUCGAGGCUUGUUUGGUAGAAGCACGAUGCGUUCCUCCUGGCUAUUAGGUGGAGAUGAACAUCACCUUGGUGGCUGACGAUCGGCUUGAAGAUCAAACUGGAGAGUACAAGCUUCGCAUAAAGCCAGUAAGGCCUUGCUGUGUUAUGCUUCCGCGCAACCCAACGAAGGCAAAUUAUAAACUACAGUAUAACGUACGAAAAAGAUUUAACAGUUGGAUACUUACAGCUGUGUGAUUAGAAGUAUUCUUCGUUCUAUCUCCUACCAAGCUACAUUCAGCUAUUUGCACAGCCAUGGCACUCCAACUUGUCUUGCCUGCUCACACCCAAUCAGCAAGAAAAAGUGAAAUCAAAAC